AACCAGUAUCUCUUGUACUAACAGAAGCUUCAGGACUCUCACCCGCUUGUCUGCCUCUGUCGUGCCUUCGCCCACUGAGCAGCCAUGAGAAGGCAACUCCGCUCCAGAAGGGCUCCGGCCUUUCCUUACGGUUCUCGCUACAGACUUGAUGAUCAGGAUGAAGUGAACCAGAAUUAUUUGGCAGAUGAAGAGGAAGAAGCAGAAGAAGAGGCUUCAGUAAUGGUGGUAUCCAAUUUGGAGGACGAGAAAGACGAGGAGGAGGAGAAAGAAGAGGAAGAAGAGGAGGAAAAAGAGGAGGAAGAGGGUCAGAGUCAGCCAACAGGCAAUGCCUGGUGGCAGAAAUUACAGGUCUUGAAUGAAUACCUGUGGGAUCCAGAGAGAAGGACGUCUCUGGCCCGAACAGGUCAGAGUUGGAGCCUGAUCUUAGUCAUUUACUUCCUCUUCUAUGCCUCCCUGGCUGCUGUGAUCACCCUCUUCAUGUACUCUCUACUUCUAACCAUCAGUCCAUACCUGCCAACCUUCACUGAGCGUGUGAAGCCUCCUGGAGUUAUGAUCAGACCCUUCGCCCAUAGCCUUAACUUCAACUUCAACGUUUCUGAACCUGACACUUGGCAGCAUUAUGUGAUUAGCUUAAAUGGCUUUCUCCAGGGUUAUAACGACAGUCUUCAAGAAGAAAUGAAUGUAGAUUGUCCUCCGGGGCAGUACUUUAUCCAAGAUGGCGAUGAGGAUGAGGACAAGAAGGCCUGCCAAUUUAAGCGCUCCUUCCUGAAGAACUGCUCUGGUCUGGAGGAUCCAACUUUUGGAUACUCUACUGGACAGCCCUGCAUCCUCCUAAAGAUGAAUCGGAUUGUAGGCUUUCGUCCUGAGCUUGGAGAUCCUGUGAAGGUUUCCUGCAAAGUUCAGAGAGGUGAUGAAAACAACAUCCGAUCCAUCAAUUACUACCCAGAAUCAGCUUCUUUUGAUCUCCGCUACUACCCCUACUAUGGCAAACUGACUCAUGUUAACUACACCUCCCCCUUGGUAGCAAUGCAUUUUACAGACGUGGUGAAGAACCAGGAGGUACCUGUGCAAUGCCAGCUGAAGGGCAAAGGCAUCAUAAAUGAUGUCCUCAAUGAUCGUUUCGUGGGUAGGGUAAUCUUUACCCUGAACAUUGAAACCUAAGAACUUCAGGGGGAUACUCACUCCAGUUCUGUUUCUGCUUUACUUCAUGUUAUCCCUGGAAGCACCUGAAUUCUUCUAUUAGGACACAGCCAGAUAGAUACCUAAAAUAGCAGAUCAUCUUUCUUUACCUUUGACAUGUGUAUAAAAAUAUAUUGUGGGAGUUGGUUGGGAUUUUUAGAGGUAGUCUCUCCUGAUGACAGACAGAUUAAUUUCCCUUCCCUCUACCUGAAUAUAAAAACCAUUCUUGCUGCUAGAAGUCUCCCUAAGUGUAAAUAUAGUAUUUGAGAAAGUUCACAAAACCCCUGGUCAGGAAAAUUUCUAUAACAAUUAUAAAUUCAUCAUGUUUUCUAAAAUAUUAUUGGUUUUCAACAUGAGAUUCCUUCUAACCAGGUUAUGAUCUCUCUUUUUU